UCAUUUUCCAUAAUUGACAUCAUUGUGAAAAGAAACAUUUCUGGACAAAGCUAACAAAGGACAACGACCAAACAGAGUCGAAAUCAACCGCCGUUGAAUAGCACCAGCGCCACCGAGAACGGCGGACGAACGGUGGCAAAAUCCAUCUUCUACUUUCUGUAAAACAGCAUCAUUUAACAGAAAUCAACUUUACGUAACAGCCAUUUUGUUAUUCAGGGAUUUAGAGAAGCUUUUCAAAGGUGUGUUAGAUUUGAGUCACCUUGUGCAAUGGAAGAUCAGAAUAAUUUCCCAAACCCAACCUCAAACUCUGAUCAAUCCUUAGAUCCAGCUGUUGAAAAGAAGCGCCAAGCAAUGAUCGAACGCCUCUCUAAUCGCCACCAAGCCCGUGUUCAGAGCAAAGACUCGGAUUCAUCCCCGUCGUUUGAGUCAACUGAAACAUUCCUUGCUCGGUUUUCUGAGCUCAAGCAAUCAAUUACAUCUGAAAUUGAUCAAAUUGAACAAGCCCUUGAGUCUUUCACCAAAGGGGACCUUGAUAAUGUUUCUGCUCUUAUCAACGACCUCGAGAAGCUUCUUGCAGAAAAUUCCUACCACUUGCCUUCCUACGAAGUCCGUGCCUCUCUCAAGAUUAUCUCUGAAUUGAGGGAGUCCCUCGAUAACGUGUCGGUCAAAAUGGUACCCAAGAAAAAAUUCUCUUUCAGAAGCAAAGUUGCGAAGCAGAAACAACCAGUUGUGGCCAUUGUUGAGGAACCCAAAGUGGUUUCAAGUGAUAAAGCUUGUAUUAUGUUGGACACCCCGGGUUUUAGAAACAGAGAAGGAGAGGUUCUGGUGGAGAAUUUAAAGGGUAAGAACAUGGGUGAGUUCACAUUGUCAAACCUCGGUUCUUGUGAGGUGAGACUGAUAGGUAGGCCGAGGGCAAUUUUCAUUCACCGGUUAAGGAAUUGCAAAGUUUAUGCCGGGCCUGCUCUGGGCUCAGUGCUGAUAGAUGAUGUUGAAGGGUGUGUUUUCGUGUUGGCAUCGCAUCAGAUAAGGAUUCAUAAUGCUAGGAGAUGCGACUUUUAUUUGAGGGUGCGGAGUCAUCCCAUUAUUGAGGAUAGUAGUGAGGUGAGAUUUGCUCCCUAUUGUUUGCAUUACGAUGGGAUCGAGGAAGAUUUAACGGAGUCAAGACUUGAUGAGGAGACUGGGAGUUGGGAAAACGUUGAUGAUUUUAAGUGGUUGCGUGCUGUGCAGUCUCCUAACUGGUCUGUUCUUCCAGAAAAUGAACGAAUUAGCUCGUUGCGUGUAUCAACUGCUGAUAGCUGAUGUGCAGAAUGCUAUUGAUACACUUCAAGAUUUACAAUUCAUGUGACCUUCACCUCUAUCAAAGAUGCAGAAUCAGUAAAGACUGUUAUGCACUUCUGUUCAUUGAUUAAUAGGGGUCGGGUCAACGGGUCAGAUUUGGUUUUGGUUUCGGGUUGUGUCAAAAAUAUCGGAAAUAUUGUAAACAUAAUAUUACUACAAAAUAUGGUAAAUGGCUCUAAUCGGGUCGAUUUCAAGUACUUCGAGGUCGGUUCAGUUCGGGUUUCUCUCGGUAACUUUAGGCCGGAUACGAGUCGGGUUAUCGGGUCGAAUCAGGGAUUGUCAGCCGUUAUGUUUGGGGCAUGGUGAAGGAUGAAACCAAUGACAUGUUAUCUUUAUUUAUUUACUUUGGUAUUGUAGCUGCUAAUUAGCUACCUAAAUUAGUAAAUUCUUGGGGAUUGGGUACUGAAAUUUCCGAUCGAGUUUUGUACAUCCAUAUGACUGUCCCUUGUUGUCUAUAG